AACGCGAAAGGUUCGCCCAUACAUCAACCGUCAUAAUCUCUUUCUCAGUGUCUUUCUCUUCUCUUUCGUUUUCUCUCUCAUUUUGCUCGCGCUGCGAAGCCUAGAUUUGUCGAGGAGUGAGAGGGUGGAGGCUUCAGUUUCUCAUUUUAGGGUUUCUGAUCGGGAAAAUCAACGGGUCUUUUGGGAGAUCUAGGUUUUGAAAUUGGGAUUCUUGUGGAGCAGAUUUAGGGUUUUAGCCUCAUAUCAUUCUUCCUUUUCUGGUUGGAUUCGAUCCAAUUUCUAAAGGGGUGGAGGCUUCAGUUUCUCAUUUUAGGGUUUCUGAUCGGGAAAAUCAACGGGUCUUUUGGGAGAUCUAGGUUUUGAAAUUGGGAUUCUUGUGGAGCAGAUUUAGGGUUUUAGCUUCAUAUCAUUCUUCCUUUUCUGGUUGGAUUCGAUCCAAUUUCUAAAGGGUUUAUGCACAAACGAGCUUAGCUUAGAUUUUCAAUUUUUUGUUUUUUGCUCGUAAGUAUUGAUUCGUUCCUAUUUUCUUCAAUAGUUUUUCCUUUAAAUCACGCCGUUAAUUCAUUUUCAAUGAUUGGUUGGAAAGGGGAAAAGAAGUGAAAUUUUAAUUUUUUGAACGGCGAAAAAAAGGAAGUAAGAGAUCUAGGGUUUCUUGAGGUGGCAUCGAUUGGGAACUUGUAAAGAAAAGUUCAUAAUUUUGGGUUAUCUUUUUUAGAUAUGGAUUGGUGUUUUUAUUAGAGUAAUAAUUGAACAUUUGAUUCUCUGAUGAACUGCCUAUUUGUUAACUUUUAAAAGAAUCUGAAUAAAUAGAUAUAAUUAACAUUUGUUGGAAUCCAAGCAUAUAACAAACGAAAACAGUGUUGUUACGCCGUGAAAUUGUACAUUUUGACCCUGGGUGUGAGAUUAUAUGACUUACAGAAGUAAUCUGGAAAGUGUUCAAAUUCACAAUUGAUGAGGAAGUCUAAGAAGUUCUCUAAGCGAAGGAAUUCUUCUGGUUUCAGCGUUGAUUACCCGAAUGCGGUUGAGACCAUGGGUGAAUCAGAGGUCUUUGGGAGCUCUGGACCGAUUUAUGCUGAGAUGGCGGCAUCAGAGGAUUCAUCUGCACUUAAAAGGAAAUGUAUCAGUUUGAAUGCCAAUAGUUAUGGUGAUUUUUGUGGCCCCAAACGAGUAUUUUCGUUGUCUAAGAUGUCACGACCUGAGAGAAAGGACUUGGAAUUGGGAUUAAAAAUGGAGCUAGAACAGGUUCAGGUGCUACAGAAGAGCGUUGGUUCUUUAGGCUCGGGUGUUGUUCCUUUUUCACCGUCUACUGAUAACAGGAGUUGCAGUGAUGGGAAGAAGAGGCCUCCGCUAGAGAGAGUUAAUCAGGCAAUAGAACUAAUGAAUUUGCAAGGGAAGAAACGACCUUUUGGAGGAAAUAAUGGAGCCCGCAAAAAGAAGAGCACAUCUGGGCGUUUUGAAUCUCUGAAGCCAACGGUGGCAGUGAAUAAUUCAAAUGCUUAUAUGAUGAGGCAAUGUGAUACUUUGCUUAACCGUUUGAUGCAGCAUAAAUUUGGUUGGGUUUUUAACAACCCUGUUGAUGUGGUGAAGUUGAACAUUCCGGAUUAUUUCACUGUCAUUAAGCACCCCAUGGAUUUGGGCACUGUGAAGAAGAGGAUAACUUCAGGGCAAUGUUCAAGUCCAUUCGACUUUGCUGCUGACGUUCGCCUUACAUUCUCUAAUGCAAUGACGUAUAACCCACCAGGAAAUGAUUUCUACUACAUGGCCAAGACACUAAGUAAAUAUUUUGAAGUAGGAUGGAAAGCUAUAGAAAAGAAGCUUCCUGUAACCAUGGAUGUUGAUGCUGUGCCUUGUACAGCAGCAGCACCCAUAGAAGUUGAAACAAAUAGUAACAUUCUACCUUUGAAAAAGAAAACAAUAAACCCAAAAGACAUUCUGAUCAAGCCAGAGCCUGUUAGACAGAUCAUGACCCAUCAGGAGAAGCAUAAUUUGAGCACAGAAUUGGAGUCUUUGUUGGGAGAAUUGCCUGAAAAUAUUGUUGACUUUCUUAAAGAAAAGAGUUCUUGUGAAGGUCAAACGGGUGAGGACGAGAUUGAGGUUGAUAUUGAUGCUCUCAGUGAUGAAACCUUGUUCAAAUUGCGAAAACUUUUGGAUGAUUAUAUGCUGGAGAAGCGGAAAAACCAGGCAAAAGCUGAAUCUUGCGAAAUGGAGCUUCUUAAUGAGUCAGGGAUUAGCAAUUCAUCCAUGCAGCCGUGUAAAGGUAACGAUCAAGAUGAGGUCAUAGAUAUAGUUGGUAGCAAUGAUCCUCCCACUUUGAGCUGCUGUCCAAAAGAAAUAGAGAAGGAUUUUACAUAUAGAAACAGUAGACGCAGUAGAUCCCGCAGUGAAUCAGGGUCUUCUUCUAGUGAUUCAGAUUCUGGUAGUGAAUCAGAUGUUGCUAAAACUGCAGUUCCUGAUAGUUCUAUGAAGGAAAAUUUGGAUUCAGGAACAAAUGUGGAAUUAAAGAAUGGCAAUGUUGCUGUUCCUGAUGAUGGAAACCAGUCUUUAAACGAGUUCAGUCAAGUUAAGUUAAGCUCUCAUGGUAAGCCUAGUGCUAUUGAGGUAGAAGGCCAACAAGAUGAGGAGAGUGCUCCAUCCGAGAGACAAGUCUCCCCUGAAAAGCUCUAUCAUGCAGCUAUAGUGAGGGGCCGUUUUGCUGACACCAUUCUUAAAGCUCGAGAAAAGGCACUUGAAAAGGGUGAGAAGGGUGAUCCUGAGAAACUGAGGAUGGAGAGGAAGGAACUUGAAAGGCGACAGAGAGAAGAAAAAGCACGAUUGCAAUCAGAGGCCAAAGCUGCUGAACAGGUUAGGAGAAAAGCUGAAGCAGAAGCCGCUGCUGAAGCCAAAAGGAAGAGGGAGCUGGAGAGAGAAGCUGCACGUCAGGAACUUUUAAAGAUGGAGAAGACUGUGGAUAUUAAUGAGAACAGUCAAUUUUUGGAAGAUUUAGAAAUGCUUCGGACUUCCAAUGGUGAAGAUUUGCCUAACUUCAUGGAGACAAGCCCAGGUCAUUCUGAAAAUGGGUUGGGAAGUUUCAAACUUGAGGGGAGAAGUAAUCCCCUCGAACAACUAGGAUUAUACAUGAAGGCAGAUGAUGAGGAUGAAGAAGAUGAACCUCCCCAAAGUGCUUCAAAGCCAGUAAAUGAUGUGGAGGAAGGUGAAAUUGAUUGAUUGUUUUCUUCCUGAGCUUGUUGAGUAGAAAGUAACUGAGAUUCUGCAAAAUUCUGCACGAUGCACAUCGAGCACUAUGUUUCCGUCCCUUUGAGACCGAUAGCGCAACCAUUUGGGAGAAACGAAGAUCAUAAUAGAAACAUAGUGUUACGGGGCAUGAUUAAGUUCAAGAUUUUCUUGCCGUCAUGGUCUGCUUGGAAAGUUCUUUUGCAUGAACUGCUACCGUUUCUCAGAUAUUGUGACUGGCAGUUGGUCGUUGGAUUCUGCUUGAGUGAGGUUCAGGUUUUUUAUCGUUUCCCUUUUUUUUUUUUUUUGGGUAAAAUGAAAGUUAAUGUUUCUGAUACGAUGAGGCAAUAGGGGCUCAGGAAGGGAAUUGUAGUUGGUUGGCUUGUCUGCUUAAUGUAACAUAUUUUAAUUAGAGAGAAUGGGAAUUAAAGUUAUUGUCAGCAAUUUGAUGUUUGGUUUUGUUUUUAUUUCUCUCAAAAAAUAUGACAAGCACUAGAAUCAAAAUUUUCUCUUUCGUCAGUGAUUGAGCCUCAUCAGCUCUCACCUUUAUAAACUAUACAUCAAAUAUCGUACAA